GACGGAGGGGGAGAGACAGAGAGGGAGAUAGAAAGAAAGAAAGAGGAGCUCCGUCCGGACGCCUAUCCCCAACCCCAACCAACAGGACACCUCCUACUAUUACUAUCGCAGGCAGCUCUCUUAUGCAUCCACAGCAGCAAGCCUUAUUCUAUCCGCGACGUGGGAAAGUAAACGGCACUUUUUGACCCCCUUCCUCCUGCUUGUUUUAUUCCGACUGUGCGCAUCGCCUCCACCGCGACAGCAAGCCUCACACACUCGGGUGUUAUUAUUAUCUUGCAGCCUCUCUCUCUGUCUCUGUCUCCACCGGUAGUCCGACGUUGAGCUAUUUUUCCUGUGCGUCUCCCCUCUCUCUCUCUCCGUGAACACACACACAACGAAGGAAGGAAGGGGGCUUUUUUUAUUUGGGGUGUUAUCAUUCCAACUGUGUCCGAGGUGCUGCGCUUCCACGCCGGGGGAACAGCUCCCUGCAGCCGCCUCUCCUCUCUCUUCUGUGUGUGGAUGUUGUGGAGCGAACUCAAGCUGAAGUCGCGUUCACUUGUACGCGUCGGACGCGGCUAAAUGUCGCAGGUUCCACCGCUUACUGCUUCUUUUUUCCUCCAGUUGGACGGAAUUAGCUAACACACACACACACACACACACACACAUGCAAACACACACACUCACACACACACCGAUUACCAAUGUUCGCCUAUCACGGUCCAUCUCGACCUCGUCGUCUCUCCCACAGACCCGGGUUGUUGUUUAUUCGCACCGCCUGCAGGAGGAAGCGUCUUUUUAAAGACUGAUUUUUGGGGCUAUUUCUUUUUUUUUAAUUUGCUGUCAUGCAUACGUAGAAGAAGAAGGGGUGAGAGAUAAGAAGAGAGAAGCAGGAGUUGUUUGGGGUUUCUUUUUUUUUUCUUAAACUUGAAGAAGACGCGUAUUCCAGCCGGUGUUAUAUGCUCCCCACUGCUCAAGUGCUGCGUUCAAGGUGAUAGUGAGCAGAGGUGCUGAGAAUGAUGGAACAUCUCAGCGAGGCGUGUUUGGGCAAGGAGAACUCUGAGCUGGUCAACAGCAUGGCAGAGGCUAAGGCCCCGCCGGCCAAGCUGCCCCGGCUGGAGCAGAACGGCAGCCCCCUGGGCCGGGCCAGGCUGGGCAGCACCGGGGCCAAACUAGCCGGGGUUCCUUACAAGCCCACGGGCCACCUGCUGAAGACCUGCCACAAGAGAGGCAACAUGCUGCCUGUGUUCUGCGUGGUGGAGCACUACGAGAAUCCCAUGGAUUUUGACAGCAAGGAGGAGCACGCAGAGUUCGUCCUGGUGCGCAAGGACAUGCUCUUCAACCAGCUCAUCGAGAUGGCCCUGCUGUCGCUGGGCUACUCCCACAGCUCGGCUGCUCAGGCCAAAGGCAUGAUUCAGGUGGGGAAGUGGAACCCCGUCCCGCUGUCGUAUGUGACAGACGCACCGGAUGCUACGGUGGCUGACAUGCUGCAGGACGUCUACCAUGUGGUCACGCUUAAGAUCCAGCUGCACAGUUGUCCUAAGCUGGAGGACCUGCCGCCCGAGCAAUGGAGCCACUCUACAGUAAGAAACGCCCUCAAGGAGUUACUCAAAGACAUGAAUCAGAGCUCUCUGGCUAAAGAAUGUCCCUUAUCACAGAGUAUGAUUUCCUCCAUUGUGAACAGCACUUACUAUGCAAAUGUGUCGGCGGCGAAGUGUCAGGAAUUUGGGCGCUGGUAUAAACAUUUCAAGAAGACAAAAGAUAUGAUGGGCAUGCGCCAACCCUCCCAGCUGGAGGGCUACCUGGGGACAUGUGUCCUCCGUGAGAGCCCGCGUGCCAAUGCACUAGCAGAGAUGGAUGGCUUGUCCGACCUCUCUCCACCCGGCUCGAACCAUAACCACAACCACAACCACAACCACAACCACCUGGGCUUCUCCCAGCAGCAGCAGCCCAUACCCGGCAGCACGGCAGAGCAGACCCCUUCCUCGCCGGUGCCCCCGCUGUCUCACGCUCCUCCACCACACGGAGGCCAGACCGGCGGCCGACAGCCCCAGAUUCCCGGUCUGCACCACCCGGGCCUCGUGUCCACGCCCAUCAGCCCCCAGCUGGUCAACCAGCAGCUCGUGAUGGCACAGAUCCUCAACCAGCAGUACGCGGUGAACCGGCUGCUGGCACAGCAGUCCCUGUCACAGCAGUACCUCAACCACCCACCUGUCAGCCGCAACUCCCACAACAAGCCCAUGGAGCCACAGGUGGCGUCCAACACUGAAGUGUCAUCAGAGAUCUACCAGUGGGUGAGGGACGAGCUGAAGCGAGCCGGAAUCUCACAGGCAGUCUUUGCUCGUGUGGCCUUCAACAGAACCCAGGGCUUGCUGUCUGAGAUCCUUCGCAAGGAGGAAGACCCUAAAACAGCCUCUCAGUCGCUGCUGGUCAAUUUGCGCGCCAUGCAGAACUUCCUGCAGCUGCCAGAGGUUGAACGCGAUCGUAUCUAUCAAGAAGAGAGGGAGCGCAGCCUGACAGCAGCCUCAGCGAUGGGCGCAGCUCCUCUCAUCAGCACUCCACCCAACCGACCUGUACAGCCUCGGAGGGAAGACUGCAACAGUGUGAGGCCCGAGGACUGGAAUCCCCGGAUCCCCGUGGGCAUUUCCCCUGUGAGCAAACAACUACACCCUCACCUGACCACAUUCACAGAGACAAUACAGACACCAGAAGUUAGCAUCAACCAACACGGCAAACCAAGUUUUUCAAUGCAUUUGUGGAAAGAAGCAGAGGCUUAUGUGAAACAAUCGCCUCUGCCCAACGAGUGGAACGGCAAAACUGAGAGCUGUAUCCUCAACAUCAACUCCACCAUCUACGAUGAGAUCCAGCAGGAGAUGAAGAGGGCCAAAGUCUCUCAGGCCCUGUUUGCAAAAGUGGCUGCCUCCAAGAGCCAGGGCUGGCUUUGCGAGCUGCUGCGUUGGAAGGAGGAUCCCUCUCCAGAGAACCGGACUCUCUGGGAGAACCUUUCCAUGAUCCGCCGCUUCCUGAGCCUCUCCCAGUGUGAACGCGACGCCAUUUACGAGCAGGAGAGCAGCGCCGGGCAGCAGCACCACAACGAGAGGCCGUCUCACUUAAUGCACAUCACUGCUGACCAGCUACAGGCUCAGCCGCCCCAGUCUCAGCAGCAGCACCAGCCCUCCCUGUCCCUCCAGCACCCCUCCCAACCCCUUUUGUCCCAGCAGCCUUUGCAGCAGCAGCAGCCUACCAUGGGCCCUCGAUUGCCGCCUCGCCAGCCCUCCACCGCCUCACCAGCUGAGACGGAGGACGAGGGCAGCCGCGGAGGAAGCAUCAAGUCCCGCACUGGAGGAGGGAAGAUCUCCCUGGAGGCUCUGGGAAUCCUGCAGAGCUUCAUCCAGGACGUGGGUCUGUACCCGGACGAGGAGGCCAUCCACACCCUGUCAGCUCAGCUGGACCUGCCCAAGCUCACCAUCAUCAAGUUCUUCCAGAACCAGCGCUUCUAUGUCAAUCACCCAGCCAAGGCGCUCAAAGAGCCCAAUAACAACAACAACAACAACAGCUCUGCAGCGACCACCAUCAACAACACCAGCAGCAGCAGCAGCUCGGCCUUCGAGGAGGAGCUGACGGACUUCAGGGAGAGCGGGGAGCUGCUGAAGGAGCUGGACGAGAGCACGCAGACCAACACCAUCUUCUCCAUCAAGAUCGAGGAGCACCUGAGCCAAGGCGCCGCGGCCCAAGCAGAGAUUGAACACGAGGCCAAGGAGUAGGACUCUCCUCCGUCUUAACACGUACUGAGAGGUUUCAUGUGCACACACACACAGACUGGUGACUGUGCUAAAUGUAACGCUCCGGCCCACACAGAACCACCACACCGCAAAUAAAGAAAAGUAGUGUUUUUAAUCAGAGCAGCGCCUGGACUGUUGGAGGAGUGUUUAUAUAUAUCUGUAACAGACUGACAGGCCAUGUGAAGAGUGUUCACACACACACUGGAGAGCCCAUUUCAGACUCAAGUACUACUUUUUGGAUUUUGUAAAACUUGUAUUAUUCACUGUAAAGACUGAUGCACCAUUUAAAUAAUCUGCACAAAAAAUUAUUCUAAGUAUGUUGCCGUGGAUAUUUGCUGACUGCACUCUAUGUCUGUUGUUUUACACUGACUUACUUUAUCUUUUUUGAGCUACUGAUUAUAUUUAAAAAGAAAAAAAGUCCCCCUGGAGUUUGUCAGGACUUUGAUAGGUGUUUACGUAUGUGAUGUUUAACUGGAUUUUUUAAAAAAUAGCAAAUGAAAUCGAGGACCAAGUGGUUGACAAGGCCUUAAUUAUGAGGUAUCGAGUCUGGAGCCUGCUGGCGGAUUAGUUCUUCUUUUAAAAAGCGCAUAAUGUGAUUAUGGAUCACUCCAAACUCUGGAACGCGAUCACCCAGCCCAGGUGAAUCUCUGAGAACAGCUCAGUCUUUACAUAUUAUUUGUUAGGGAGGAGAUAUAAAUAUAUAUAUAUAGACAUUAUAUUGUAACUGUAAAAAAAUACAGUCUUAAAGAAACUAUGCCAACAAAUGCCUUGUACUAUACGGCACUGCCGAUGUUAGAUUAUUUUGCAAACCUUUGUCACUGUAACUUUCUGAAUUUGCCACACAGUUAGAAAUGUGAAUUUCCACCAUGUUUAUGUUGUCUGACAUUAUUUAUUUGCAGUUCAUGCAGUGUUUCUGAUGUAAUUACUUUUUUUUUUUUUUUUUAAAGUUUAUGUUCCGUAGAGCUUUUUUAAAAAUUCCACCGGUUCUGUUUUCUAUUUAUAAAUGUAAUUUCGAUGGGCAGUAAAAACAAAAAGUGUCUUAAACGUUUUAAAUGGAGAAAUGUGCUUUAAAGGUUGCCUAUAAAAAGUGCUGUAUGUCAACCAACUCAUGCUACAAGCUUCACAAUUAAUGUUGUAUGCAAUUUUUACUAUCAUGCAAAUAAGCUUAGGUAAAAUGACUAACCUAUAGAACACCUUAGAAAGAAAAACAUAUGCAAUCUGUGUGAAAAUCGAUGUCUGCGAUGUGUCUUCCUUUGGUUAACAAUCCAAUUCAAAAAGCUAUUCCUGUAUAAAUAUCCUGUAUAAAAGUGUUUCUUUUUUAUGAGUUGAUUUCAAUGAGAACACCAGUUAUUUUGUUACGACUGACUGUUUUAUAAGUGUUUCUCGGUUCCUUUCUGCAGAAAAGUGUUCUAACUAGAAGUGGUUAUUGAUUGUUAAUUACACAAUUAAACUGUUUGUAUUGUACCACAGAUUUCUUGGCAUUAACUUGACCGGAUCUUUUGACAGCCAGAGCGAGGACCGACCUCCUCUGCAAAACAAAAAGAUGAAACAAUGUGAAUUGUUCUGAAUCUACUGCUAAGAGAGAUCAACUCCAGUCCUGAGUCAUUCAGCUGCAGCCACUGAACACAUUAUUUGUAAUAACUGUAAAUAUCACAUCUUAUGAAUCAUUGAUUGUUUAUUAUUGUAAAUAUAUUUGAACUUUGUGCAAGAGCUCACCGUACAAAUCAACGUUCUGUCGUGCCUCUUCCUCUUAAAGCGACUGUACCGGAGCUCUUCCUGCUGAGUGUAUCUGAAGCACCUGUGAAAUCUGAAAUAAAUAAAUGUAAGGUGUGAACACCUGUAAUAGCAAAGCCCUCUGCAGGGAGCUCGAAGAUAUAAAAACAGCACAGGUGUCCUGACCUCACUUUGAACCCCAGGUGAGGCCAGGUGUCUGCACCUUUAGGAAAUUACCCUCACCUGUUAACACCCUGAGAUAUGUGCCAGCCUGUGUUGGCUGGUGUUCCCUUGAUGUUCUGCUCUUUUUUCAUGAAUAAAAAGCCAGAGUGUAA